UUUAACUCCUGGCUAAAACCCUGAUUCAGAGAUAGCUUCAAAUUGUUGAAUGUAAGAGCGUUUUUUAUAGCUGAUACCCCAAUGCACGCCUUAUUGAGUCUAAACGUGCGAAAAUUUCUCGCAUUUCUCUUUACCUUUUAAGUGGAGUAACAAUGUUCGAGGCAAUAUAUCCACAGUUUCUAGUCACUAUUGGUAUCCACUAAUAUCCAUGGGGUUACUGCUUCGUUAACUGUUUUAAAUUCGAUCUAAAUGUGCUCAGGAACUAUCUGGACCCAGUCUAAGCCUUUAAUUAAUCGUACACAAAAAUUCUUCUGUACUUCGAUCUGUAACUAUUGCGAUGCAUUUUAAAAUGGGUUGAUUUUUCAGUAUUAGUCAAUAUAGCUGAAGGUCGGUUUGUUUUGAACGUGUAUCAUGCAUUAAUCAUCUAUCUACUGCCGGUUCACCCUUUAACAAGCUGGUGUUUUCAGACGAUAUUGGGCAGACUCUUAAAACGUAUAGCUACUAUCUAGGAUCGCACACGAAGUAGUACUUCUGGUAUUGAAAAUCACUUGUAUACUGUGUAUACCUUGAUCAUUUGGACUAUAUGUUGGUGAAACAAUCGCAUCCUGAGGCCUGUCUGUUAGCCUGCAAGCUUCGCAGACUAGAUGCCAAACCGGCCACUCGUAGACAAAGGGCAUUAACCAGUUGCUCCAUCCAGUUAUGUGUCUGUGUGCCUAGCACGUCCGUGAUUCGAGGCGAUCGUCGUUGCAAGGUGUGUCUAUUUUGCUUAACCACCGCGUCAUUCGAUCAUACCAGUAGGUCAAUCAGUUGGUGUUUGUCAUGGUCCUCUUCCUCUUUUUCCUCGAUCACCGCCGCUGCCGCCUACCUAGCCUACAUUUUAGUCUAGCACAAGCUAAUACGGGAACGUCGGUGAUCUGAGUUAACACAUGCCCUUAUUGCCGUAGUCAACGUAGUGACAGUGCAGUAGGCCUACCGUAAAUUUAUGGGUUUGCUGUCUCGCUAUCGGCUACCGUUGAACAAACACGAUUACCAUUUGAACCAGCUGAAUAUCGUUUUCUUUCUCGUGUUGGUCUCUUCUGAACGUAAUCGGGGAAAAAUGGAAGUAAGUAAGUUUCGUUAAUACGUGCCAAUGCACACAUAUUCUUAGUUAAUUAAUUAACUAACGUGUUACAUUGUGAUUUAGCCGUUCGUUUCAUUGGCUUUGUCUGUAAAUGGUUGCGGACGUUUGCAAUAUCGUUCGAGGCCCAGUCUAAAUGGUCAUCUAGCUCUGCGAUGUAUAUACGCUUAUUCAAGUGAAGCUCAUUUAGUAUAAUCCGGUGAUCACUUCAAAUCUAUUGUAGCUCAUCAUAUAACCGGCUAUAUAUACAGCAGGUCUCCAAAUCGUGCUUUCGAAGAAAACAAACUCAGUUCGAAUAUGCUUAAGCAGAUAGUACCUAAGCAAUAACAAACAGUAUAUACAUUGUAAUUUAAUCAAUCGGUAUAGUAACUGCUCAACUUACUGCCAGACUCUGCUUCGCUCUUGGUUUUCGGGAGGACAUUAGUAAAGAAGGCAGAUUUUACUUCUGGUAGCAUUUCCGCUCUAUGUAUAUACAAACGGGCUACAAAACCUUUCUUCAUGAGAACUUUUUAAGCAAAUGGAUCUUGCUGAAUGCCCUGCCCGUUCCCUAGUCCUGAUGGGAACUGAUCUCUUGUGAUAAGAUUUGUCGUAGAGCACCGGGGACACUGGAAAAUUUGGAAGUUUGCUUUUCAGUGGAUAGCAUAUCGCCAUCAGCGGCGUAUGCACCAAAAUGGUAGUAAUUUUAAACUUCUUUAAAUAAGAAAAAAAUGUAUGUAUGUAUGUAUGUGCUUUAUGUAGAUUAUUCUUCGGUUUAAAUAUCAAUUUCGUUUAAAUAAAAACGGAAGUUGUAAUGGUUCGCAUUGUGGAUUUAUUUUUUUCGCUGCAACAGGAAAUCAACGCAUUUCCGUCAUAUCAACAACAACCUUUUAAACUUAAUUUUAAAAGGCUCGGCCCGAAUUUUUCGGGAACACUCUCUCCUGCAUACACCGAGGUUUCAUCAGUAGCGUCAUCGUCACCCAAAAGCGGACGACGGAGCCGCACCCCCUCGCAAAAGAGAGUUUGUCAUCCACAGAACAGAUAUACAUCGACUCAGGAUCUGCAGGAAAACACGGACCCCCUCUCAAAUCAACCAAGGAGUGAUUCUCGAGGCGCUUCGUGCCACACGAAGGACGAUACUGGGAGCGGGAUCGGGGCCGGCGGCGGCGGUGGCCAUUGGGCCGCCGCUGCCGAUCCGCUUUGCCGUAGUGAAUCGACGCGCAACGAAACAAGCGGUGGCGGUGAUCCGUACACCUCGUCGUAUGGAGGGUCUUGCGGCAGCCUCCGAAACGAACGUGGAGCUGUGCCCGUAUCGGCACCUUGCACAUCACAGUACAGCAUAAUGGCUACUGAAACAGAUUUGCGCAGUAGUAAUCAGCAGCAUAUCGCUAGCGAUCAAAUGACGCCGCAGCCGAUAACGCCGUUACAACCACAGAGUUUGACACGGAGCUCGUUGCGCGACUCAAAGCGUCUUCAAGCACUCGAACAAAACCCGCCUACCCAUGGGGUUAUUAAUUCAGCGUUCGAGACAACCGACAUUCCUGCUUCGAACCCCUCUCUGGGAAGUUUGCAAGAUCGACACUACCUGCCACUUACACAGCCCGUAGCCACUUCGUUGAGCGUACCUGAUCUAAAAAAUGUGACGUAUGAUGGCGAAAUGUUAGCGGAGGCCGCGCUUCGAGUAGAAGCCCUGACUGCCUCUGAAUUAGGUAUAACUGCAGCAGAUAGCCGCGAGUUGACCAGGAUUACGCAAUUUGUACGAGAUGAACAAUUCGCCCACUGUUUGCGCAUCGCUACUCUGGUCAGGAAUAUUUGGUGCUCGCAGAAACCGCCCCCGAUUCCACUAAGGUGCGAUGCGCAGGAGUUAAGCGGUGAAGUAGCGCUGUUGGUGCAAAACCUACCAGGUCUACUUGUUUCCGAAGCGAACGAACUCCUGGCUAUUUUAGGCCGUUUCGAGCUGGACGGGCUGCUGCAAAGCCACGAUGAAAUUGCCACCCUCUGUGGCGUUUUUGAGCCCGUUUUACCCGUUCUUGAUGCGAGUCCACAUAAUGUUGUGACAACACAUCUCCCAUCUCAGCCGUUACCACAACAGCAACUGCCGCAGCAUCUCUCGAUGUCAAGAGAUGAGUACCUUGCAUUAUCGGAAGACCAAGUGUUCUACCAGCCGUUGGCGGGGCAGGCCGCUCGUAUAGGCAAUGUCGGGCCGAUGUCUAUUGAUCCCACCGUUAUAGACACACUGACGCUGGUAGCCCCGCUAGAUCAACUCCCCGAAGACAUACUCGAUCGUGUACAGACAGUGAGCAUUGACAAGACCACUGAACCUCUAGGCGCAACCGUUCGUAACGAAGCUGACAGCGUAAUCAUAGGCCGGAUCGUCAAAGGUGGUGCAGCUGAGAAGAGUGGAGUUCUACACGAAGGCGAUGAGAUCCUUUCGGUGAAUGGCAUCGCCAUGCGAGGACAGACAGUGAACACUGUAUGCGAUAUUCUAGCCAAUAUGACUGGUACGCUUCAAUUCCUCAUUAUUCCAAGUCGACAAUACGCUGAUGAUUCGACUAAGGCGGUUCAAGCGCCUGUCAUCCAUUUGAAAGCGCACUUUGACUAUGAUCCGGAAGAGGACAUGUAUAUCCCGUGUCGCGAGUUGGGUAUCUGCUUCCAGAAAGGCGAUAUACUACAUGUCAUCAAUCGGCAGGAUUCAAAUUGGUGGCAGGCGUACCGGGACGGGGACGAUGAACAAAGUCUUGCCGGACUUAUCCCGUCCAAAAGCUUCCAGCAACAGCGCGAAGCUCUCAAGCAGACCAUUGUUGAAAAUGAAAAAAGCAUUUCAACGCCGGCUCCCAAGAAAACUCGCUUGCUAUGCGCAACAAGUGCCAAAAACAAAAACGUCAAGAAUAAAAAGAAAUCAAAGGACAAAUCUCCGAGGUUACAGCAACCUAUUCAAUCCCCUGAAAAGGAGGAGGUCGACCCAGAGAUGGUAACAUAUGAAGAGGUUGCGCUUUACUAUCCGAAAGCCAAUAAGAAGCGGCCAAUCGUCCUGAUCGGUCCUUCGAACGUCGGUAGGCACGAAUUACGUCAAAGGCUCAUGGAAGACACAGAUCGUUUUGCUGCGGCUGUUCCACACACAAGUAGGCCAAAGAAGGACAAUGAGGCCAACGGAGUGGAUUACAAUUUCACUAGUAGAUCUCAGUUUGAAGCAGACAUUGCUGCAGGUCGCUUUGUGGAGCACGGUGAAUAUGAAAAGCAUUUGUAUGGCACUAGUCUACAGGCGAUAUCAAGCGUUGUUAAUGCAGGAAAGAUCUGCGUGCUCAACCUACAUCCAGAGUCGCUUAAGAUCCUGAAGAAGUCAGACUUGAAGCCUUAUGUAGUAUUUGUAGCCCCACCUUCUUUGGAAAAGUUGCGCCAAAAUCGCGCAAAGGUGGGCGCCAGCGUCAAGAUCGAAGAGCUGAAGGAGAUCGUUGAACGCGCGCGCGAAAUUGAAGACCGGUAUGGAAACUAUUUUGAUAUGGUAUUGAUCAACAGCGACACCGAAAAGGCGUACCAAGAACUCCUUAAGGACAUUGCUACACUCGAAAGGGAGCCCCAGUGGGUUCCAGCGGUGUGGCUUGCCAAUGAGUCAUAGCUCAGUACCCUGAAACUAUAAC